AUGGCCCGUAAUGAAGAGAAAUCGCAGUCGAUGCUGUACCGAUUCCGGGAGGCACAAGCCGCCGAGUUGGGAUUGGCGACCAAGACCGAUCGACGACCUCGUUUGGCCGCGUCGUGCAAGGAUCUCAAGCAGUGCGAACGAUGGAGGGGGGAGAUCCUCAGGGAGAUUAGUAGGAAGGUUUCCAAGAUUCAGGAUUGUGAGUCGUCGAGUGCAGGGCGGGAGCGAGCACGAGGGGGAGUCGAGGUCGUCGUGAGCUGACACGCUGUCGAUCCCCAUUCCUCGUCCAGCUGGCUUGACCGACUACGAGGUUCGAGAUCUCAACGACGAGAUCAACAAGCUGCUGCGGGAGAAGCACCAUUGGGAGAACCAGAUCAUCGCGUUGGGAGGCGCCAAUUACAAGCGCGUCGGACUCGCGGGCCGCAUGAAGGAUGCCGAUGGCAAGGACGUGCCGGGGACAAGAGGAUACAAGUACGUUCAGUAGAGUGCACGGUGUGCUUGGUGUGUAGUCGCUGAUUGGAGCCGCUACUGGGACUGCUAGGUACUUUGGUCGGGCCAAGGACCUGCCCGGUGUCAAAGAGAUGUUUGCGUCGCGAUGUACGUUCCUGAUGGUGCAGACGAGCCACAAAGCUAUUGAUCACUGAUCUACCCAUCUCGCAUCCUCACAGCAACGGAAGAAGCUGAACUGGACAGCCACAAGAAGCAGCGGAUAGAUCUCUUUGCGAACCCCGCCCCGGGCUACUACGGCGACGAGGACGAGGUUGAUGCAUCAUUGCUCGAGUCCGAGAGGGCCGCCGAAGCACAAGGUGCGUCUUCAACAGAGCUAUAAUGUCUUUCAGUGGCGCUUGCUGAUAAUUCUCUGCCUGCGUCAACAGCUUGGGAAGACGCUCUAGAGAACUUACGAGAUCUCGGUCUCGUGAUCCCAGAAGGCGACGAUGCACCCCCGCUCCCGACCGCCAAAUACAUCUCCCUCAACCCUCCCACAACAACCACGACAACAGAAGCCGCAGAGGUAGCACCACCUGCAGAAGCUGAAGCCGCGACGGGCUCGAAACGAAAAGCCGCGACAACGACCAAAGGGAAAGGGAAGAGCAAGAAGGCCAAAUUGGACGAAAAAGCUGCGGAAGAGGAAGCAGCCAGCAAAGAUGGGGAGGAUCUUGGACCCACGAAUGGUUUCUUGAGCAUCCUCAAGGCCGAGGAUCUGAGACCGCCGCAGUUGUUAUCGGCGCAGGAGAUUGAGAAGCUCGUCGUUGAGCAGCAGAAGAAGAAACUAUUGGCCGAGUAUUUGGACGAGGACAAGUGA